AUGGUAGAGCUACGACCACGUCCAAUCUCAAAACCAGGCUCGAGUGACAAAACACCAGCCUCCAACGAACAAUCCCAAUCGGUCCUGCGGGCCCAAAUCCAAGCCGUAAAGAAGCGACUGGCCGAAGUCGACAAAAAGUAUCACUUUUAUGAAACGAGAACUCCGUCCGGCGCUCGCGGUACGGCCGCCAUGCUGGCCUUCUGGGACGAACUGCUGCGGCAGUACAAUUAUCUCAACCGACGGUUGAGCCAGUCAUCUAGAAGGAUAGCCUCGGCUAAUAAAGAGGAGGAAAGGAAGAUAAAACUCGCGAACGAUAGACGGUUGGCUAGGAAUCGUGGUGAGGGUGCUUCCACGGUCAGGGAUUCUUCCAGAACGACUUACCGAUUGAGGAGUGGUUACUUUAUCUUGGACGACGAACUUGCUGAUUCCUGCACAAAUAUCUAG